AUGACACAACGCAGUCAUCUAGACUACAUGCGCCUAGCGUUAGAAGAAGCUCGCAAGUCUCCUCCGAAGCCUACCAAUUAUUGCGUCGGCGCCGUCCUCGUCUCGCCCUCAUCACCAGAACCCAUCCUCGCGACUGGCUACACCCUCGAACUACCAGGCAAUACCCACGCUGAACAAUGCUGUCUCGGAAAGCUUGCAAGGAGCAUGAACAUCUCUGAAGAACACGUUGGCUCUAUUAUGCCUGAUGACACUGUUCUCUAUACCACCAUGGAGCCUUGCGACUUCCGUCUCAGUGGUAAUCUUCCAUGCACAGAGCGCGUCCUGUUGACGAGAAACACCUUAAGCACUGGACACAAGGGAAUCCAAACAGUCUACAUCGGUGUCAAGGAGCCCGAGAAGUUUGUAGGCGAGAACAAGGGCAGACGUAAGCUUGAAGAUGCUGGUGUCCAGGUCAUUCACAUAGAAGGGCUUGAAGACGACAUCUUGAAAGUCGCCACUGCCGGCCACCAACAGAAAGAGGAAGACCAAUGA